UGACGGAAGAAGAAAAAUGGAGGCGGCGGUGUUUAUUUUGGCACUCGUGGACUGUUGUGCGCUUAUUUUCCUCUCGGUGUACUUUACAUGUUCCUUUACUUAUAUUAUCGCAUUACACGGCAACUAGCUAACAGGUUAGCCACCUUGUUCCGACCGUGAGCCUGUCGUGAACUAAGAAAACCUGCUUCCUACUGCACAGUAACAGCGUGAGAAAGUUACAAUGAAAGUUUUAAGCAACAUAAAGUCAAAGCUAUUUUCAGGCUGUUAACCUUUGUCUGCUCGUGACAUGAACAAACGUGUGACUAUUUCAUAUUGGCUUGUGACUCAGUAAGUGUGAUUAUCUUGUAACAAAAUGGGCGUACUGAAAUAGUUUACACAUCGAUAAAUCAGCAUUAACCCAUUUACUGAGACAACAAAAACACAAGAUACUACAUCCAACUGCAUAAACUUAGUUCAUAACCAUAAAAAGAGAAAGGAGUGUUUUGUACUGUUACAAACCUUUGGUGUGCUGCAAGCCAUCAGAUGAGGUAAAACAAAUGCACAAAAGUAGUAAUCAUAACUAGGUUAUAAGAUGAAUAAGACCAAUAUACACAGACUACCCGUUUUGUGGAAUAUGCAUAUUUAGGUGGAUGUCAUUGUCAUCUUGCUGGUUCUGAGAGAAAGGUGUCAAAAUACUGCAUCACAGCCCACUGAAUAUGGGGCUGUGUAGCUGCAGACUGGUCAGAGUGCUCCAUGCUGACACCUGUACACCACUGAAAGUGCCUACAACAUGCACGUGAGCAUUAGAACUGGACCACGGAGCAGUGAAGGACAGCUGUGCAUUGCUUGCCUGGGGAAGAGCAGCAUCAGGAUGCACUGUGGGAGGAAGUGGGUAAUUCCAGAGAUGGUUGGCCAGUGUCUCUCGACUAUGCUGAUGUUGGUCUCCAUGCAUUGGUUCAUCUUUCUCCUGAACCUGCCUGUAGCAGCCUGGAACUUUUAUCGCCACAUCAAGGUUCCGAUGGGAAACACAGGUGUGUUUGAUCCCACUGAGAUCCACAACCGAGGUCAGCUCAAGUCACACAUGAAGGAGGCCAUGAUUAAACUGGGUUACCACCUGCUCUGCUUCUUCAUUUAUUUGUACAGCAUGAUCCUGGCUCUAAUCAAUGACUGAAGCGCUCAGCUGCCUAACUCCAAACUUCAGGGUUUGAUGUUUCUCUCCCUAAACCCCGCUUCUGUACUGUAUACAUCAAAUUUUUCAGAACAGCACAGAGUUGACUUUUGGUGAGCUCUUGCUGAGUGUGAACACUUCAGUAUCAUUGUGACAAAAACUCCAACAGCCACUGUGUUCUGUUGUAUAAUUAUAUAAUCUGUUAUCUUCCCCAAACCUUCACCUGCCACAGUGAGUAAUAACAUCAACAGCAGUUACACAGCAGCAAGAAAUAUUUAACAUUUUUAUAGUGGAGUAAAUGUGGAGUAAAUAUGCUUCCUUCAGCAGAUGGAAACAGAAAUAGUGAGUGACAAGGCCAUAUUACCAGGUACAAUAAUAAGUUAUUUCUCAGUCUUUUGCACCAUACAGUAGAUGGCUCAAUUUAUUUUUUUAUUUUUUAACAAAUACAAAUUAGGGAAUUUUGCAUCAAAUCUCAAAUUAUAUCAUAUUUCUUCCCUGUUGUGAUUUUUGGUCUGAACAGCUACUGAACCUCCUUACCACAUGUGCAGGCUUUGACCUGCUGCCACAUGAUUGGCUAAGUAGAUAUUUACAUUAACCAGCAGGUGUACAGGUGGAACUCAUAAAGUGGCCACUGAGUGUACUGUACUGCAUAUUCUGGUCAUUUUGUGCAGUGGCACAGUAUAGAGCUUAGCUCUGGCCUGGUGUCACCUUUUGUUACCAUACAUGACAGAAUAAGCUGUGCAUUACUUCCUGCUCAGUACUCUAAAAUACAUGUGUGGCUUCUGUCAUCACUUUAUUAACCUAUUUAGUUGCACAGUUCAAGACAUGGUGGACUGUGUGAAUUUGUAGCUGUUGGCACGAAUCAGACUGGAGGCAUGGUUUACUGAUGUAUAUCCUGCUGUCACCUGUAGCUUUGCAGAGUAUAUGACACCAUCAGCCCUGUUGUUCCCUACCAGUGACUAUUCAACUGACUGGGCUGAAUUGAGUCAGUUGGAGCUCUCUGAUUGGCUGUUCAAAGUCAUAAUUUUUCCCUUUUUCCACACUUGUGCCUUUUCUUUUCUGAUUCCAUAAGUAAAUUAAAACUCACACUGUAUUCACACAUACAGUGACAAAAUAGUUUGCUGUGUCAGGCGUUCGGUGAAUCUUUGGUGUGUUGUGUUGAGCAUGUAAUUUACAUUUGUGUUUUAUGAUGUAUCCACCAUUAUGUACUGCUAUUUCUGACAGCGAUUAGUUUCCCCACAUCAUUCUUUUUUGCAUUUUAAGACAGAUUUUUACAUACACUUUUAAGACAUUAAAACAGAAACAAAGUCACCAUUCCAGAAACGUCAUGUUACCAUACAUGUUUAGCAAGUCAGGUUAGGCUACCUACUUAGGCAGGAACAAAAGUAAUGUUCUCAUAGUUCAUCAGAGACAAAUUUAUUUGAAUUUUAAUUCACAGUGGCAGAAUUCCAUUGUAUCAAAAGUUUAAAUACAGCAAGUCCAUUGUCUCUUUAAACAGUUUCCAUACACCUCAGCCAGUUACAUAUAACUUCCACAACUCCUGGUAUUUAAUUCUAUAAACAUUCCCUGUCUUAGGUCAGUUAUCAUCACUGCUUUAUUUUAAGAAUGUGAGAUGUCAGAAUUAUAGUAGACAAAAAGAUUUAUUUCAGUUUUUGUUUCUUUCGUCACAUUCCCAGUGGGUCAGAAGUUUACAUACACUCAGUCA